UCUUGACUGCCUUGUCAUUGCCCUUCGCCUCCACGGGCUGCCUUCCAUCCUGUCCCCAGUCCCGCCCUCGCCCGGAAACAGAAUAGAUACAAGAGAAACAUGAAUCCUCACAUAUCCGUCCCUCGCCAACAUGCUAGUCCUUCCAACUUCGGCGGCACUACGCCGGCCAGCCGCGGUUCCAGCAUACGAAUGCCGCGCUUUUUCAAACGAAUGUUCAAGUUUCCCCAGAUGGACUUUGAGAUGGCCAUCUGGGAAAUGACAUCACUCCUCAUUGCUCCGAAGAAGGUCUUUAAAUCGAUAUAUUAUCAUACAGAAACCAAAAACACCUGGCAUCGUCCGGACCCGUCAUUUACCUAUCUCCUAUCCUUCUUCCUUCUCCUCACAGCUCUCGCAUGGGGCCUCGCAUAUGCGCCGUCCUUCGGGUCCAUAGUCCGCCUGUCUCUGCUGUUCAUCUUCAUUCAUUUCGUCGGCUCGUCGCUAUUGGUGUCGACCGUGGGGUACUUUGCCAUCGGCCGGCUCUUCGGUCCCAACGGAGCCGCGGCAUCCUUGAAUGGGUUCAGGGGUGGACGCGGAAGGAGGCGCGGCGCAGCGCAAGGCCUGUUCAUGCAGCCGGGCGAAAAGGAUCAAUUGGAGUUUGGAUACUGCUUCGAUGUCUCCAUUCGCGCAUUCUUCCCUUUGUAUCUUCACCUCUAUGUUGUACAGUUCCUUCUCCUGCCGCUUCUCACCCGCAGUCCCAGCAAUUACCUCGCCACCUUUCUUGGAAACACUCUCUACCUGUCCGCCCUCACAUACUACACCUACAUCACCUUCCUGGGCUACAAUGCCUUGCCGUUCCUGCACAACACCGAACUCCUCCUGCUCCCUAUUCUGGCAUUCGCAGUCAUGUGGCUUGUCAGUUUGAUUGCAGGAUGGGGCAUUGUUGCACAAGGGCGGAGCGUGGAAGGGCUGUUCUGGGGAGCGUGAUCGGUCGAGCGCGCGCAUUUAUUUGUUGACGAUCAUUCACAAUUACUUUAGUUGAUCAAACUCGGCGCUGGUGUCUAUGGCGAUCUUUCUGUUCGGUGUUCCUCAUGCAUGUUUGCGGUUUCCCUUAAAACUGGGGGAGACUUCAGUACAUUCGCAACGGUCAAGGCGCUCGGUUGCAUAUUGCAUUGAUGUUUGUUUGCUUUUUCUUCGCUCCCUUUUCCUUCUUGCUCCAUCUCUCUUCUGCUCUCUUCGGGGACAUUUAGGCGUCGAAGGGCAUAUGAUAAUGUACGUACAUUCCCACGCUAUAUAGAUGUAAAUGCUUCUUUUAGCCUUAGUGCCU